AUGACACCACGACGACUCCACCACCACCUCUCCCUUCUUCUCGCUCCGCUCUUACUCCUCCCCCUCUUCGCCGCCACCUCUCCUCUCCCCUUGCUUCCCUCUCCCAACCCCGACCUUGGCCCCCUCCUCGCCUUCAAGCUCUCCCUCUCCCGCCACACCCCCGCCGCCCUCUCCUCGUGGGACCCUGCCGCUGACCCUUGCGCCUCCUGGCGCGGAGUUUCCUGUCGCGGCGGCCGCGUCGCCCGCCUCGUCCUCGUGGGCCUCCGCCUCGACGGUCCCAUCCACCAUCUCGCCGGCCUCCCCCGCCUCGCCCUUCUCAGCCUGAACAACAACUCUUUCUCCUCUCCCCUCCACCGCCUCGACCUCUCCCUCUCCCCCUGGCGCUCCCACCUCAAGCACCUCCACCUAUCCCACAACCGCUUCUCCGGCCCCUUCCCUGUCUCUUUUCUCCGCCUCCGCCGUCUCCGCCGCCUCGACCUCGCAGGGAACCUCAUCUCCGGCACCAUUCCUCCGGAGAUCGGCCUCCUACUCCGCCGCCUCCUGACCCUACGCCUCGAGGAGAACGAGCUCGAUGGAGCCAUCCCGGUCUCGGUGGGCUCCAUUCCGGGGCUCACCGACCUCAACGUCUCUCACAACCGUUUGGUGGGCGAGAUCCCCCGCCAGCUCUCCUCCUUCCCCCUGUCGUCCUUCGCCGCGAACCCGGGUCUUUGCGGGGGCUCUCUGCUACGGAGGUGCCUGAAAAACUGGACAGCGAGCUGCGAUCGGAGGCCGCCGCCGAUGGUGAACGGGCGGAAGAUCAGGAAAUGGGUGGCAGCAAUAGCGGGGGCGAUGUCCGCCACUAUCGCGGCUGCGGCCGCCGUCGCGAUGGUCGCCCUCUUGUGCCUCAAGCGGAGGGCAAAGAAUAGAGAAGUGGAAGUUGCGGAGAAAGGGAGAAAAGAGGGGGAGGAGGCGGAAGAGGCGGAGGAGGGAGGGAGGAUGGAGUUGUUUGAGGGUUGCGGGCGGUUUGCAUUGGAGGACCUGAUGAGGGGGUCGGCAGAGAUGUUGGGAAGGGGGGCUGUGGGUUCCACGUAUCGUGUGGUGAUGGAGGGGGGACAAGCAGCGGAGGUGGAGGCGGCGGUGGUGGUGAAGAGGGUGAGGAGGAGGGUGAAGGAGAAGAGUGGGAAGGAGGAGGAAGAGUUACUUGGGGAGAUAGGCGGGUGGCGACACCCCAAUGUAGUGAGCUUGAGAGCGUACCAUGACUCGUCUACCGGGGAGGAGCUGCUGCUGGUGUACGAUUACCUCCCUAGCGGCAGCCUUUCGAACCUCUUACAUGGUCCGUUCCCUCUGCUUGUUUCUUAG